CAUCUACAAUUUUGUCAAACCAUACAUUUCUACUGUACAUGGCCCUUUUAAGCAACAGUGAAACUAGCAGUGAGGAUAGGCCCUGAAAUUACUAGAAGCAUAAACAAACUUUCAGUCUGGCAGACGAACUGGGUGAAACUGGGAGGGAUCAAUAUAUAAUGUAAAAACAAGUCGAGGUUAGAAGGAAUGUGAACUGGAAUAGGAGGAAGAUGGGUCAGUUAUGUACACACUCAAAACACUGCAACCAAAGGGAAACAGCUGAACAUGGAAUACUUGACUGCACCAACAACUCUGCUAUUACUUGCUGCUACUGUGUAUUUUUGUACAAUAUUAUAUAUUUAAUAACAUAUAUAUCUUACAGAUUGCAUAUCUUAAAUAUCUAUUUUAUACAGUAUUUAUAUAUCAGGAUUCAGGAAGUUUAUUGACAUGUGCAUUCUACCUCACUAUACUCUUACGUUUAUUAUAAACCCCUUUUACUGUCUGUAAUCUGUCUAAUCUUUGAAAUACACUGCACAGAGGAAUAAAAAUAUUUGUUCUCCUGAUUAAGACAGCAGACGGUUCGCCCUCCACUCCAGUAGGUGGCGUUGGUGCAACCUGGUGCUGUGUCGCCAACCGCCUUUAAACGGACUUUAACGAAGAGGAGGACUACAGGAGCAGAGUGAGCCAUCCCGUCCAUUUACAGUAUCUAUGUUGCGUCCAGGUCGAUGGUGCAGGUUGUCCCUUCCAACAGAGCUCGUCUCCCUUGUUGCUGCUGCAUCGGCUGUCUGUCACUAUUCACUUUAACUUCAGGUUGCCAUCGUUACAGACACCGUUGACCCGAGAAAGACCGGUGACAGCUGCCGAUAUACACAGACAAAACGAUUCAAACAGUAGUACACUGUGUCACAUUUGACCUGCCAGCUGCUGCUCUCCGACCGUCAAUGCAGCAGCAGCAGAGACGCUGGGAAUGACAAAGUUGAGCUAGCAGGGAAGCAAAACUGCACAAAAACAAACAAAAAAAAAUAAUAACACAGGCAGCGUCAAGUACCGAGGACGGUUUAACUGCCGCAGUGUUAGGCAAACUUUUCGACUCCCAUGCGGACUUUAUCCGCCGUGCCCAGUAAGCUGCUCGUCCAGGGUACUAGUGACCGUAGCCGGGAUGUUACCGUCGAGCACAACACGCCUACUCGGGAGAGGUCAAACUUUGCUCCGCGAGCCGUUUAAGAGGAUUUGCGCGAACAUGUCCUCCUCCUGCUCCUCCUCCUCCUCCUCCUUCGCUUCGGGCAAGAAGAGACUGCGGGUCCUGGUGGACAUGGACGGGGUCCUGGCCGACUUCGAAGGGGGGUUCCUGAAGAAGUACCGGGCCAGGUACCCGGAAGAGCCGUACAUCAACCUGGAUGACAGGAGGGGCUUUUGGGUGUCAGCGCAGUACGGGCAGCUGAGGAGCGACCUGUGUGACAAGGCCACCAGCAUCUGGGAGUCCAAAGACUUCUUCCUAGACUUGGAGCCGCUGCCAGGAGGAGUGGAGGCGGUCAAGGAGAUGGCCACCAUGGACGACACAGAUGUCUUUAUUUGCACCAGCCCUAUAAAACACUACAAACACUGCCCGUAUGAGAAGUAUGCCUGGGUGGAGAAGCAUUUGGGGCAGGACUUCCUGGAGCAGGUCAUCCUGACCAGAGACAAGACGCUAGUGACCGGUGACAUCCUCAUAGACGACAGGCCUGACAUCGUAGGCGCGGAGCCCAGACCAGCGUGGGAACACAUCCUCUUCACCGCCUGCCACAACAAGCAUCUGUGCAUCGGCCCCUCCCAGAGACGGCUCCUGUCCUGGUCGGACGACUGGAGGUCCAUCCUGGACAGCAAGCGCCAGUGAGACGCCCCCACAUGAGCUCCGGCGGCCCGGGCGGCCUCGGCGGGGGGAAACUUCACAAUCUGGUGCAAUGUGCCGGGAGAGGAAGUUCACCCGUUUCGCCACUAGGGGACACUCUGGGACUGAGUGUGAAUUUGUGUUUUUCAAUGAAUGAAUGAAUUUAAAAUCAGUACAUGGUAAGUCUAAAAAAAAAAAAAAAAGCAGGUGACUUCUCUGCCUGAGGGAUCCUAUUCAUAGACAUGUUUGUUUCAAAUUAAAAAUUUUUUUUAAUUUUUUAUCAUUUUAUUUUUUAGCCAUUUCAGUGUUUCUGUCUGUGGCCACGAAAAGGCUUAUCCUCAGUUCCCAGCCCUCAUUACUCAGCAUUAAUGAUUCAGUGGACUGAUUCACUCACAACAACAUGCUACUACACUUCGCACAAAAGAACAGUCUCCCGGAGUUGGAAGCUGCUGGUUUAGAAGUGCAAUACAUGACCUGGACUCACAAAAGCUGUUUUGUUGGGUCAUCGUUUUCAUUAUGGGAAUGUACCAGACAACUGUUAUGUCAGGGGAAAUAUACAUGUACAGAGAAAUCCGUUAGAAUGGUUACACUGGUGCUCUUCUUAUAUGCUAUUCUUCAACAUUGCACAGUUACCUAUGCAUCGUAGUCACUACACUGAUGAGAAAAUGUAUUUAAACACUCACACAUGUUGCCAAAUACAGUGUCGAACAUAUUAAUCGCUGUAAAUGCGUCCCUGGAAGUUUACAUAUUGUAAAUACUACAGCACACCACUAACGUCUAUUUUAAUUCUUCAUUUUUACUAAUGUAAGUUGCCUCAUUUCACUUUUGACUUUUUUUUUUUUAAAACAAGUGUUUACAGAAGAACCUGGGAUACAGUUUGAAAAUGGCGACCUACCGUUAGAGUACCUCCACCAAACGAUAAAAUGUCUCGUAUGCAUGUCAUUUGGGAAUGUGAAAUGUGUAUUGACUGAAGAAAUUUUAUUCACACACAAAAAAAAAACGUUCACUGUUUUUCUUAGUACUGUUUCUGUGGAUUCCUGUGGAUUUUAGCAAGUUCUACCUGAGUCGGGGUUUGCAUCGUUCUUCUUUCUGCUCAUUUAAGACUUGGAAAGCUGAAGUCCGGUGCAGUUUGGCCCUUCCUUGACACGUACGAUUUUGCUGCUAACUCACUUUUUGGGAACAAAGCGGCGGAUGCUGAACGUGUUUUAUGGAAAACCUACUUAGUGCUGAGUGCUGUGCUGUGGUGCUGAGUUCAAUGUUCAAAUUCAGACGUGCUUUUUCUUUCUGCCUAGUGGACGUUUUAACGCUGUGUUUUGCUCCGUCUCAAUUAGAACACGUACGAAGAAAAGUAACGCGUUGACCUUGAUGUUAAUGGUCUUCUUUUAUGUGCACCAUUGAAGGUGACUUUCAUUUUUUUAUUGUUGUUGUUUUUAUGCGUUUAGGUUCACACUGCUAAAUGUCACAGAUGUCGUAACAAGACCUUUUUAGACAAAUCUUAAAACACCUGUGGUUUGAAAUCCUCUCUUUGUUGUGCUUUUUGUUGUAAUGUCUUCUCUCACUAUUGAUUACAUCAGUUGAUUCAGUCAUUACUGCUUUUCUUGUUUUAUUACACCAGGAUGAGUUUUAGUCCCACAUGAGAAACUCUCGUAAAAGGAAUUGGAAUGGAAUCACUGUUGGUACGAAAAAACCGUAUUGUACGUCAUGCUUUACGUAUUGUUUCCACUGUGAAAACUGCUAUGUCGAUGUUCUGUAUUCUAGAAAAUGCGUGCCACCGUCAGCCCCUGAAAUGAUCGAGUUGAUCGAGACUGUUUGUGUGAUAUGGCGUACACACCAGUAUCUGGUCCAACAUUAAUAAUAAAGACGUUUUCUGGGCAUUCUUAGUA